UCUGUCAAAGAUUUAGUUGUGUCAUGACAUUAUCUCCUGCCCAUUGACAUGCAAAAUAGCUAAGCAUCUUCAGUCUUCCUUAUUCAACCCUGGAUGAGUCUCAGUAGCUACAUUUACAAACAAGUAGUGGCUUAAAUGAGGCCCCAAUCAAUGUAAGUUGAUGUUUAACUGUUUGCUGAGCAAGUGCCAAUCUUUUUCUCUCAGGAAUUCUGCCAUUCGCACUCACUUAGUCGCUCCUUUUUUGGACAAGGCUGGAAGUUUUAUUUCUAAUUUAAGUUACAUACAGUAAGGACAUGGACCUUCAUCUGACACUCCUGUUGAUCUGUCUCUGCAGCCAAGGAGUCACUAAAGCCGAGGUAGCAGAAAAUGACUCAAUCCCUCUGGUGCCUCUCAUUCCUUUGAUGCCUAGCCACCCCAUAGAGAUGGUAGAAAAUGAAACUACAGCCCAACCAGAAACAGCAAAUAGCACAGAAGAGAAUGUAACUGCAACAACCAUACCUAGUAUUUCCAACGGAGGCUCAGACGAAGAAGAAGAAAAUUGCCUGUCUAUUGGCCGAAGCCCAGAGUCCAAGGAGGCCAUUGCCGCAGCCAUGCAGAAACUGGGUGUGCAGCUGCUUCAGAACCUGGAGACAACGCCAGAGCAGCCAAAUGUCAUCAUAAGUCCUUUGAGCAUAUCAUUAGCGCUCUCCCAACUGGCUUUAGGCGCAGUAAAUGAGACAGAGGAGCUGCUGAUGCACCAUCUCCAUGAGCACACUCUCCCCUGCUACCACCAGUCUCUUUAUAAUGUCUUGGCAUAUCUCAGAGACAGUGACCUGCGAAUUGCCACACGUAUCUUCCUGCGCCAAGGGUUUGAGCCAAAGCAGAAAUUUGUCCAUGAAUCCCAGCGGUUAUAUGCCUCGGAGCCAGCAGUGUUAGAGAGCCUGGACCAGAUAAACGGCUGGGUAGAGAAUGCAACGAAAGGAAAGAUGACUGACUUCCUGUCUGCUUUGCCGCCCAACGUGCUCCUCAUGCUAAUAAAUGCCGUCCAUUUCAAAGGAGAGUGGAUGGCUCGAUUUGACCCACGCUUUACCUCCAGAGGUGUGUUCUACCUUGACGAUAAAAACAUGGUUGAUGUUGAAGUGAUGGAAGAUGCCAAACAUCCCUUGAGUUUAUUUAUUGAUAAUGAAUUGGAGGCCCAGGUGGCGAGUUUCCCAUUCCGGAAGUCAAUGAGUUUGCUGGUGGUUAUGCCCAUGUCCGGGCAGUUGAAUGUGUCUUCACUAAUCGCAAAGCUGAAUAUCUCUGACCUGUAUAGUCGCCUGCCCAAGGCAAGGGCUGUUCAAGUUAAAGUCCCCAAAUUCAAACUGGAGUAUGCUCAAGACCUAAAAGAUGUUUUUACCAAAUUGGGCCUUGGAGACAUGUUUUCCAGUCCCAAUUUGGCCGGAAUGGCAGACGGCCCCCUGCUGGUUUCCAGUGUGAUGCAUAAGUCCAGCUUUGAGAUAAAUGAGGAGGGUGCAGAGGCUGCCGCGGCCACAACGGUGGUGAUCUCACGAGCAUCAAACCCUGUUUUCCACCUCAGCCAACCUUUCUUCUUUGCACUUAUAGAUAAUCUGACAGAAGUGCCCAUUUUCAUGGGUGUCAUUAACAACCCAAAUCCUGGAGCUCCUAUCUUUCAGAGAGGAGAAUCAGCAAGCAAAGAUAAAGUGGGAUUCCCAAUUGAUAAGAAUCAGGUUGCCUCAUUCGGAGGCCCACCUAAGUAGGGACUAAUACCUGCACUGCUGUACCAGAGAAAACCCAGAACAAGAUCUCUAUAAUUGUACAGAGUAAAUACACAAUAUCAGUUAUCUGGAUUGAAAUGUGUGUGGAAACAUAUUGUUUAUGUGUGUCUUUGUUUCUUGUACAAUAAACACACUAAGAAGCCCAGUA